CUUAUUUAUCAUUAAGCAAUUCUCAUUUCUGCUUUUUAUUUAUUUGACAGUAUUCAUCAAUUUUCACUUUUUUAUCAGCACGUUAGUUUUACGUAUUACUGGGUAAUACCGGAGUUUGUUUUUUCCUAUUGCUCAAUAUUUCUCCUUAUCUUGCCGAUUUUUUCAGGAUAGACCAACUGGUUUAUCCGCUCGGCUAGUUGCGUCAGAACGGAGAUUCCUCAUUGACCAAUCGGAUGUUAAUUGAAGACAAGUAAUACCCUGAAAUUUAUCCUUGGUAAACGCGCACAUCCUUCCGUCUUUUUCUUUUUCUCCUUUCAUAAAAACGUUGCAAGGCGAGUGUAGGCCCUAUGUUCUCGAAAACACAUUUAAUAAUUCUGCUGAACGUUUAAGGAUUGUAACCAGCGAAUAAAUAUUUGACAGAUGAAUAAUGAGGUAUUCUACUGAUAAAAAAAUAAUUAAACAGUAUAUCUCUAUUUCUUUGAUUAUAUAAUUAUUAACUGUUAAAACUAUAAUGGACAUCACAUUGCAAAUCGUGAUUAGAAACUUUUAAAAGAUAGCACGUUAAAAAACAAUGUAAUUACGUCAAAGUCUAACAGAGUAACGAUUACUCUGCUAAAUUUCCUGCUGAAAACUCUAACGUUGACGUUUGCGAUGAACCGCGACGACCGCAACAGGGAGUCCGCGACCUGAGUGCUGUUAGGACCUCUCCCCCCACUCUAAUCAUCCGUACGUUCUCCUCUCCUCCUCACGUCUCUUCCUGCUUUUUUACCUUUCGUUCUCUUCGCGUUCUAUCCUCUGUAGUAUUAGGAGAGAGAAAUGGAUGCGGCGCGCAGAUUCCACCGCGUAAUCGUCGUUCCCGGCGUUUAUCUCCUUCGCCGAAUGCCUCGACAUUAAACAUUCGAUAUCUUCACGCGUUCCUUUUCACGCGUCUCUCUUCGACGAUGGAUCUUCGUUUCGGUCUUCUUGUGAUUCUUCUCAUCUUCGAUGCAACCUUCGUGUGGUCCAGUGACGAUAAACAUACAGGUAAUCAUGGUUCCGCGAAGAAGAAAAAGAAGGAUUCAAUUAAACUCAGUGAAGGCAUUGGGAACAAUCCUUUUCUGCAAUCCAUAACUCUUCCCACUGUUCCAAGCAAUCCUUUUCUGCAAUCCAUAGCUCUUCCCACUGCUCCAAGCAAUCCCUUUGUGUUGAAUUUCCAUAAUAAUAGUGGGAGCCAAUCUGACAUGAUGCCAAAUAUUUUCCUGCCACAGUUCUACGGUAACAGAAGCGAAAGCCAAUCCUUUGGCUCAUUAUCUAAUAUCUUUCUACCACAGGAGAAUUCACACACAGCUCUCAACAUUUUCGCUAACAGCAAUAAUCCUUUCCUGAAUUCCAUCGGAACUGGCCCAAAAAUCGAUACACCUGUCACGCAAGCACCUUAUGCGCCAGCAUCUUCAUAUAAUAUGCCAGCACCUAAUACACCAGUGCCUUUCACAACUAAUGAAUCUACUCCUGUUAAAGUUGGAUCUUCAGUCUCCUCGCCAUCACUGAUAGAUCUGAUUGGCUCAACAAGACCGAGAUCGGAAUCUAAAUGCAAUGAGUACGUGAGAGAAAUCGUGGGCACGACCGAUAUAACAUCUCUGACCGGUACUUCGUCCAAUGUAAUCAAGGUGAAUAAUAUUUGCCGGAAUGCGAAUCAACUGGUUGUUGGCGGUACCGAGGCUAACACGGGCGAGUUCCCUCACAUGGUCGCCUUGGGCAGACGUAACACCGACGAAACGUUCAUCCUAAUGUGUGGCGGCACAUUGAUCUCACAUAGCUGGGUACUUUCUGCUGCGCAUUGCACUUAUGGGCCAAACGGUGGUCCGACUGACGCUCGAAUAGGCUCCCUAAGGCUGACGGGUGAUGAACCAGGUAUCACAGUCGCCAUCGACAACGCGAUACGACAUCCAAGUUACAAACCACCUGCGUUGUACGAUGAUAUAGCUCUGGUGAAGCUUGCGACUUCCGUUACGUUUAGCACAUUGAUACGACCCGCGUGCCUUUACCAACAGUACGAUAGUGUGCCUACGCAAGCAUGGGUCACCGGUUGGGGUAGCACCGAAUUUGGUGGUAAUCAAAACGACCAACUACUGAAGGCACAGUUAACUAUAGUGAACAAUCUUGCGUGCACGAUAUGGCACAACACGUCCAGCGAGGCUCCGCAUGGUAUCACACCGAGAAUGAUCUGUGCCGGUGAUCCUCAAGGCGGUUGGAUCAAGGACUCUUGCCAGGGCGACUCUGGAGGUCCUUUACAAGUAAUCCAUCCGAGGAACCAAUGCCUCUUCCAAGUGAUUGGCAUUACCAGUUUCGGUCGGGGUUGCGCGAACGUCAAUUCGCCCGGUAUCUACACUAGGGUGUCGCAUUACCUUCCCUGGAUCGAGAACAUUGUCUGGCCACAAGAACAGUAACUAUAAUUUAUUCGGCUCUUGCGAAAGGUACAAAAAACAUUGUUUUAUUAAAUCAUACUCGGCUAAAUUAAGUCUCGCGAUCAAGUAACUCGUAAAAGUCUCGUAAUUAAAUAACUAGCCAGUCAAAUUAAUGGAGGAUUCGGAGAUUUAUGGCGUUUGAAAAUAUUUUACUAUUCGCCACGCUUCUCAUAAGUAUGAUACUCAUUUACCAUGUAUGAUUAAUGUUAUGAUUUCAGCAAAAUCGAUGCCGCUUGGGCUUCAAUUAUUAUCCGUCGAGAAGAUCAUUUCGUCAAACGGCAGUUAUGAGCAAUUAUGUAUGUGCCAUUUCAAUUAAUCAUAAUAGUGCGAUUUAAUAGUCUGUAGUUCUGACUAGAAUACUGAAACUCUGGAGUGGAAAAAGUCACUAUAAGAUAUGGAUAG